AAACUCUGCGGAAGAAGACAGCCUGCCAGUAACCGAUAUGACGAGCGAACAGUAGCACAAUGGCAGUUAGCUAGCUGACGAAUAUGAAUUGAUGUAAAUCAUAACUUCGUUGAAGAAGAGGUAAACAAACCAUUUGUAAGUUGUGUGACCCGAGGAGAGAUUUAGUUUUUGUUUGUUCGAGGCUUGGCAAUAAGCUAAUGUACCUUGCAAAGUUAAUAGCUGGCUAAUGUUAGCUAGCUAACUGCAUUGCCAACGGAAGCACGAAGAUGGCCAUUACGUGGUCAUGCAACGUUAGUUAAGUUAACAUCUUGUUGGGACUGGAAACCUUGGUAGUUGUUACUGCUGAGGUUACAGGUAAACGGUUUUCAAGAUUAAGCGUCUUGUGAGCAGUUAAGAUCCACUUGAGGAUGACUUAACGACAGAGGUUUAAAGAAAGUGAUACACUUGGAGAAACAGAAGCGAUACAGCUGCGGAUGUCAGUUAGGUUCUGUCAGUAGAGAGUAAACGAAUUGUUUCAAAGUUCGUUUGAAGUACAAGAAAGGAGUGUAAAAUGAAAGUCAUGGAGAAAAAUAUGAUGCGGCUUGUGGCUGUGCAACACCUCCGCGCAGCGUACGGGAUAAAGACAAAAAACUGGAACAAAAACAAAGCAGUCAGCUGUAAGACUGCAGCCAGCAACUCGACAAAAGUGUUCGGGGUCUCCCUGGAGACAUUACCGUACUAUAAUAUGGAAUGUGGGACCGUGCCAAGAUUUCUGGUUGAUGCAUGUAUGAUGCUGCUGGCGCACGUGGACACAGAAGGCCUGUUCAGAAAGUCGGGCUCUGUCAUCCGCCUGAAAGCACUCAGGGCUAAACUGGAUGCGGGCGAGGAGUGUCUGUCCACGGCUCUGCCCUGUGACAUAGCCGGCCUGGUGAAGCAGUUCUUCAGGGAGCUGCCGGAGCCCGUGCUCCCCUCAGAGCUGGAGGAGGCCUUCCUCAAGGCCCAGCAGCUCCCCACCGAGCUGGACAGGACCUCCGCCACCAUGCUGCUGUCUUCUGUACUGCCCGAGAAAAACCUCAGCACUCUGCGUCACUUUUUGGACUUCCUCCACAAUGUGUCGAUGAGGAGUGCAGAGAAUAAGAUGGAUAGCAGUAACUUGUCUGUAAUCCUGGCCCCCAACAUCCUUCACUCGGGAGACGGUACAGAGAAAAUGAACGCUCACACAGAGAAACGCCUCAAGCAACAGGCGGCCAUCGUUCACUGCUUCAUAGAGAACGCCCACAACUUUGGAGUGUUACCACAGUUUUUGCUGGAGAAAGUACCGGCCAUGAUGGGCUGUGAGGGGGGGGUCCUGUCACCUUCUCAUGAUGGACUUGAGGAGCUGGACUUAAACUCUGGGAUGAAGAAGAAACUCAGGCGCAGCUUUGGAGAUAUGGUCAAUGGUGCUCUGAAUAAGAUAAAAACUAAUAGAACACCCACAAAUUCCAACCAGUCAGACAGUCUUGUCUUUUCUUCUGCCACUCCUGUGAUUGCAACACCGAGCUCAAAGAGAAAGCUUCCUCUGGAAUCUGGUCACUCUUUUGGAUUCUCAAACAAGAAACGUAGGUCUGUCAAAAAGACCCUGGGGAUAGACUUAUUCCCCAACACUUUGUUCAGCGCCACUUCCACUCCUGGAUCAGCUUACAGUGCUUCUGGGGUCUUGGACUCUCCCAACAAUCCGUCGUCAGCAGGGAAGUCUAGAAGGCAGCCCGCUGUCUCUGUGAGGAGGAAGAGCCGACGAAUCAGCAACAGACAUGCUGUCAACAGAGUUGAAUCCGGAAGAGCUGGCUGCUUCUCUCCUAAAGUCAGCAAAAAAGAAGCUCCAAGAAAAUCUCUGCGGCUGCGCUUCAACCUGGGGAAGAGCAGCAAGGAGGCUGUGUCAGAGUCCGUUGGCUGGCGGCUUGCCACGCAGGAGAGCACCACCAGCUUCCGUUUCACCGAAGAGACAGAGUUCAGUCCAGCUGCUCUGCCUAGAGAAGCAGAAUCAAAAAGCACCAAGUUCAUCAGUAAGUCUGAAGACAACCUGCUGACCCCCCAAUGUGACUCAAGUGUCCACCAGACCUCAUGGAGCAGGGAGACCCCUCGAGGAGCGCAGGCUUUCAGGGGAGGGUCCUUCACCGACACCCCCAUGAACAUGUGCCUGAAGAACAACUACAACUCUGAGCCGGCCAUCGUGGUGUCGAAGCCCCCAGCAGUGUCCGUGUUCCCUAAGAAGCUCUGCUGUGCUUCCAGCGCUGAGAGCGAGAUCUCUCUCACGGAAAGCCAAACUGCUCCCACCCUGCUGAAAAUACAGAAGGCUUUCACAAAGUCCGGGAGUGACCUUCAGCGUCCCUGCACCUCUGUGGGGACACACACAACAAAAACACUCGACAGCCUCCUCCCCCCACCAGAGACCCCCCCAGCCAAAGUCCUUCCCGUGGACACGUGUGCCUCCAGCUUCCCAGCCCAGCAGAGCUUCCUGGCUUACGAUCAAAACAUCACCUUUGGCCAGCUUGAAAUGGCUGCCUUAUCACCUUUGCAUAUUGACAGUGUCCUUUUUGAGUGUGGUGUGUACCGUACUCCAGCAGCACAGGCUGACGCAGGGUCUUUCUGCGCCGCUGCCAUCAGUAGCCUCAACAGCUCCACGGUGGGGGAAAGUGAUGCGGAGGUGGAGCAGGUGAACUGCAGCCGGCUGGUGGACGCCCUGGACAUCCAGAGUCCGGCCCACUUCAAACUGUGCGUCCCCUCCGGCGCCCAGUCCACUCCGUACAGGCUGGGCCUUGAAUUCAGAGAUGAGUUCAGUACCCCGCCUAAGAUUGGUACUAAACUCCGUGCGGUACAAAACAAAUGUUCCUCAGAGAGCGGUGCCGAAAAACAGCAACCCCUCUCCCCGCGCAGCCUGGAGACCGAAAAGCGCCGGGUGGCGGACCACAUCCAUCACUUCAACAAGCUCACCCUUCACUCCCCCAAAGGGGCCUUGGCCAAACUCGUCAGAUCACCCCUCCAGUUCAAGCGCACCCCCGUACGUCAGACCGUGCGCAGGAUGAACUCUCUGCUGGGGGAGAGCAGGAGACCAGUCGGAAAGGAGGAACUCGGCAUCAGCCAGAACGGCCCGAGCAUGAAGGCAGUGAGCCUGGAGAGCGGCCUCUCCUCUCACCCCCAGCUCCAGCGUCACCAUGUGUGUCACAUAAAGAAACCCCCCCCCAGUCCUCCCAAAAAGCCAAGCACCCUGGCACGUAAAGCCAAGGUGUGCGCUCUGGCCGACUUGACCAACAAGGUCCAGCCAAAGACCAACGUGGACAGCUCUGACCAAUCGGGAGCUCAGAAGCCUCUGGGGCAGCAGGUAGUGGAGAAGGACAUGAGCCGUUACAGAGGGUCCCCCAGAAACCCCCUGAACCAAGUACGCCUGAUAUCAGCCACCAAGCCUAUAGCUUUAUAGUUUCAGUCUUUUUUUGUUUCCUCCAUACUCUGCAGGUCUCUGUCAGCUACGUGACAUUAAACAUUCCCGCUUAUAUUCAUAUUUUCAGGGAUUUUAAUUUAUUUGUUUAGCUAUGGUAGGUGAUGUUUGUAUUGUGAUAGGGUCUUAUUGGGAGAAUGUUCAUUUGCCUUGUGUUUGUUUUACUCUAGUAAAGCAAGUAUUACAAUAUCGACAUAUCAGCUGACAGCGUUAUGCUGUGUAGUUAGACUAGUGUGCAGGCCAAAUGAUGUGUAAUGUGAUUGAUUGAGUAUGACUGGAAAUGUUUUGAUCAUUGUAAUGCUUUUUUAUUUAUGCAUUUGAUAUCUAAUCCUUAGGUAGAUUUCUUAAAAAAACAAAACUGUUUACAGAAGUUGAAGCAGUUUUUAUUUUUUUUAUUUACAGAAUAUAUUCGUACUGUCAUCUUGAACUGAAAAAGAAAAAAUGCACCUUUUUGUUGGGUUUUCACACAAAAAAAAAGCCAAUCAGUAUUGAUCUAUCACAGUGCAUUAAUUACAAAACCAGCUAAAUGCUUUGCUAUGUGAAGUGCUACAGAACAAAUAAAGUCAAACGGCAUAACCCUUAAGGGUUUUACAGUUGAAUUAUUCUUGUUUGCCUUAACAGUCAGUACUUGUUUGCGCCACAAGGGGGAGUCAUGCAACCACUGCCGCCCUAAACAACAGUUCACUGACAUGUUAGUGAAGCAUGUUAUUGGUAAAGGCUUGACUCUUUCAAAAUUUCGACUAUAUCCUGAUAUAAAAGCAUAAUAUCACAAAUAAAUGUGGUUAUGGUACAUAUCAGAAGAUUACUUGCGUCACAGAUGCAUUAAUUUAAUACAAAUAUAUAUUUUUUUCUCUGUGUAAAUUCAGGUUUCUGAUUGCAUUCAAUGACUUAUGUUGACAUGUAAGAGGUGAAAGGCCUACAUCUUUUUUCUCCUGUAAAGAAUCUGCAGAGUAGACCGUGAAGUGUCGAGGUCAAAACCGUUGCUUCCGAUUUAUUCUCCACAGCCCGAUGGAGGGCUCGGGUGAUUUUCAGUUGCAGACUGAACUUGGAAAAAAUCAUUUUAAAAACGUUACUUUCUGCAGCAGCAUAUUACUUUGUAUCUCUGCAGUGAUGGCAGAGCAAUUUCCCUUAAUAUUGGUCUGUUCUGCACCUUCGGGCGGUGCGUCAUCAUGAUGCAUAUUGGUAUUACAGAUCACGCAGUUGGGCCGAGGCCAUGUGUUCUGCAGAUUAAUGUUCACCUUUCUGUAACAACAUGAAACAUGGAAGAAAUAAUGCUGGAACAAACUAUUCGUUUAGAUAGUUAUGGUAUACAGAUAAAUACACUUUUGAUGACUGGCAUACCUAUUCUAGGUUUAAACCAACGACAGUGUGGGUGCUGGAGUUUAUUUUCAACAAUAAAGGGCUAAUUGUGACUUAUAUUUACACUUAAUGUAUUAUAUGUAUAUAUAGCAGUGAUAUGCCUUUUUACAGCUUUAUUUAUUGUAUCAUAUUUCACAUGGCAACAUCAAAGUUUCUCCUAAUAAUGGCUGUUAGUAAAGCAUUAGAAAAACCUUUUAAUAUCCAACCAAAAUGCAUUAGUAAUGAGUAACAAUGUUAGUUAAGACAAUUCCUUUUUUUAAGUAUACGGCUAAAACUUUUGAUAACUUUGUAAAACUUUGAUUUUAAAACUCUAAAACGUGAUUUAUGAUAACGUGUUGCUUCGUUGCCUUUUUUUGGUCAUGUAAAAUAAAACGUAGUUUUGGGACUAAAAUAAACUAAAUCAAUUUAAAGGACCUGUCUAUCUACUGGACUAUGAUAGCGUUUCUAAAAUGCACAAUCUUAGUGAAAAAGCCUACUCUUUGGCUCAAUUAUAUUCCUGGUAUUCAGUAACAUUAAAAUAAUGAUAUAUCGAGAAUGUACACUAUAGGUGUUCUGUAAUAUGAGUCAGACAGUCGACAUUUCUUAUUGAUUCUAUCCCUAUUGCAUUCGUAAUUUACGAGAGGACCGUGAACGCCUACAUUUGGGUUUAAAGUGUGACAUAUUAUGGUAUUAUCAUGUUCCUUCUGAUGAAAUAAAAAAAAAUCACCAGUC